GCUGCCUUUGGAGCCCACAGCAGGCAGGAAAGGCACAGCUAUCUGCCUGCUGGAUUUACCGUGCCUGGAGGCUCUCUCCUCUUGCAAUGCACUGGCUGUGCUACGCCCUUCCCUUGGUGAUGCUGCUGGGUGCCAGCCCUGGAAGCCUCAGCACAGUGAAUCCAUGCUGCUAUUUCCCAUGCCAACACAAGGGCGUGUGUGUCCGGGUCGGCACAGAGGGCUACGAAUGCGAUUGCACCAGGACUGGCUACUUUGGCACAAACUGCUCUCUGCCGGAGUUCUGGACGCGGCUGCGCGAUGCCCUGAAGCCGAGCCCAGCCUUCUAUCAUUUCAUCCUGACUCACUUCCAGUGGUUCUGGACCAUUGUAAACAACACCUUCAUCCGGGACACUUUGAUGCGUUUGGUGCUGACAGUCCGAGCCAAUCUCAUCCCCAGUCCACCCACGUACAAUUCCGCCCACGGCUACAUCAGCUGGGAGUCCUACGCCAAUGUCAGCUAUUUCACUAGGGUGCUCCCACCGGUGCCCAUCGACUGCCCCACGCCAAUGGGAACAAAAGGGCCGCCACAGCUUCCUGAUGCACAGCUGGUAGCUGAAGAGUUUUUCCUGCGCAAGAAAUUCCAUCCGGACCCCCAGGGGACAAACUUGAUGUUUGCGUUCUUUGCCCAACACUUCACUCACCAGUUCUUCAAGACGUCUGGGAAGAUGGGCCAUGGCUUCACUAGGGCUCUGGGCCAUGGGGUGGAUCUUGGACAUUUAUAUGGAGACAACUUGGAACGCCAACAUGAACUGAGGCUCUUCCGAGAUGGGAAGUUGAAAUACCAGGUGGUGAAAGGGGAAAUUUAUCCCCCGACGGUGCUGGACGCCCCCGUUCACAUGAUCUACCCAAAGCACAUCCCCGCAGAGAAGCAGCUGGCUGUGGGCCAGGAGGUGUUUGGGCUGCUCCCGGGACUCAUGAUGUAUGCCACCAUUUGGCUCCGCGAGCACAACCGCGUCUGUGACCUUCUCAAGCAGGACCACCCCGCCUGGGAUGAUGAGCAGCUCUUCCAGACCGCAAGGCUCAUUCUUAUUGGUGAGACCAUCAAGAUCGUCAUUGAGGACUACGUCCAGCAUCUGAGUGGCUACUUCCUACAGCUGAAGUUUGACCCAGAACUCCUCUUUGGAGUCCAGUUCCAGUACCGGAACCGCAUUGCAGUGGAAUUCAACCAGCUCUACCAUUGGCAUCCACUGAUGCCAGAUACCUUCAAGAUCCAGGAUCAAGAGUACAGCUACAACCAGUUUGUCUACAACACCACUAUGCUGAUGGACUAUGGAGUGGAGGCCCUUGUAGAUGCCUUCUCCAGGCAGCGAGCUGGGCAGAUUGGUGGGGUACCGAACAUCCACAAGCAGCUUCUUAAAGUGGCCAUUGGAGUCAUUGAGGAGUCAAGGCUGCUGCGCCUCCAGCCCUUCAACGAGUACCGAAAGAGGUUUGGCAUGAAGCCCUAUGCCUCCUUCCAGGAGCUGACAGGUGAAGAAGAAACUGCUGCCAAACUGGAGGCCCUGUACAGAGACAUUGAUGCCCUUGAGUUCUAUCCAGGUCUGCUGGUGGAGAAGAGCCAGCACAACUCGAUUUUCGGCGAGAGCAUGGUGGAGAUCGGGGCCCCCUUCUCCUUGAAGGGUCUCUUUGGGAACCCCAUCUGCUCCCCAGAGUACUGGAAGCCCAGCACCUUUGGUGGUGAGGCUGGCUUCCAGCUGGUGAACACGGCCUCGCUCCAGAAACUGGUGUGCCUCAAUGUGAAGAGGUGUCCCUACGUGGGCUUCCGGGUUCCUGGCAGUGGUGGAGAGGAUGCCGUUGUGCUUGCGAGGGAGAAGGGGCCAUCGGAUGAGCUCUAGGACCGCAGCGGGGGCAGAGGGCAGGGGCUGCUCCUUGGCUCGGCUGUGGUCCAGCCAGUGGCAGGUGGCAAGGAGCGGUUGUAGACUGGCUGGCUGGUGGGGAGGAAGGGAGAGAGCGGAACAGCAUCCUUUCUCAUCACACACCUGGAAAUGCAUUUUGGAGGGUUAGGUUCAGAGAGGAGAAAUAAAAGGAGUGCAGUUUACUGGGAGAAAGGGAAAGCCUUUUGUGGUCUGCCUGUCCUCUGCCCAGUCAGCUUCCUCUUUCCUUCCCACCUUCUUCUUCAAAGCUCAUUUUGGCCUGUCACAUGCAGCAGAAAAACACAUAUUACAGGGAUGCUGUUGGGCACCAAGACCUUUCGCCACAUAGCCCAAAUCACCUGCUCCUCCUUGCUUUCAACUUUGAUGUUUAUUUGUUUUACUUUGCUUUCUAUAAGGGCUGGGCACUGCUGGGGAGCUCCCCAGCCACCUGUCCUGUUAACGUCCCAGUUGUCUAGACAUAAAAACCAGCCCAACACAUUAUAUGCAGACUUAUGUCUACUUCAUCAUAUGCCAUGGGUUCCAAUUGUAUCUUUCAUCCCCUGGAGCCUGUUCCCAAAGAUGUUUCCAUAAAAUCUCUAGAGGAAAAUAUAGAAUUGCAGAACCAUGAAGUGGUAGGGUUGGAAGGGACCCCAAAG